GAGCUUCCACGUAUACACUCCAACGUCUCUCUCCACAGAGAGUACUUCCGGGUCGCUGAAGCAGGUGCCUCAGGCCCCGCCCCUCCCCAAGCACUGGACCGCGACUUCCGGCCACCUCAGGCCUUUCCCCUUUUCUGUGCAGGUUUUAAUAUCUGUUUCCCAGGUUGUUCUCGUCCUAGGUCCUGAUUUCUGAGCACCCUUCACUCGCCCCCAGCGGCUCGCUCCUCAUCCACAAUCUCCUGGAGGCCCGGAGCGACACGGCCUGAGGCCUGCGGUGCGCGGCGUCCGCGUAGACCUGACCCCGUGUGUGUCUGCAACUCCGUUGAGGCCGCCUCCGCCACCGCCUCGGGAUGCCGCGGCUGGGGUCCGCGCCGCGCUGGGCGGCCGCCGCGGGCCGUUGGGGCUGCAGGCUGCUCGCACUCCUGGUACUGCUGCUAGUACCAGAACCCGGCAGCGCCUCUGAGAUCACCUUCGAGCUGCCCGACAAUGCCAAGCAGUGUUUCUACGAGGACAUCGCGCAAGGCACCAAGUGCACUCUCGAGUUUCAGGUGAUUACUGGUGGUCACUAUGACGUAGAUUGUCGAUUAGAAGAUCCCGAUGGUAAUGUAUUAUACAAAGAGAUGAAGAAACAGUAUGACAGUUUUACCUUCACAGCUUCCAAAAAUGGGACAUACAAAUUUUGCUUCAGCAAUGAGUUUUCUACUUUCACACAUAAAACCGUAUAUUUUGAUUUUCAAGUUGGAGAAGACCCACCUUUGUUUCCUAGUGAGAACCGAGUCAGUGCCCUUACCCAGAUGGAAUCUGCCUGUGUUUCAAUUCAUGAAGCUCUGAAGUCCGUCAUUGACUAUCAGACUCAUUUCCGCUUGAGAGAAGCUCAAGGCCGAAGCCGAGCAGAAGAUCUGAAUACAAGAGUGGCCUAUUGGUCAGUAGGAGAAGCCCUCAUUCUUCUGGUGGUUAGCAUAGGGCAGGUAUUUCUCCUGAAAAGCUUUUUCUCAGAUAAAAGAACCACCACAACUCGUGUUGGAUCAUAACUACGUUUUGAGAAUUGAUGCACAAUUGCCACUGUAAUAUUGCUGUCCUCUAAUUAAUUUUAGAUACUGAAGAACUUAAUAUUGGCAACAUUUUAAAAACCUUACUCAUACACUUUUUUGGGGGGGAUGUACAAUGACUAUCCCCAAACUGUGGAAAGGACACCUUUUUUUAUUUGUAAAGGUAUAAAAACUUUGGAACUUAUUUUGGGCUAUUCAUGUUCAAUAUUCAACACCAAUGAUCUACUCUUUUCUUGGUUGUUUAUAUCUACUCUUCGCACACUAAACUUUGGUAUUUUGAUUCCUUUUUGCCAUUUAAAAAUACUUUUCUUAUAGGUAGUGGAUAUUUUUAAAACCUUCGAUUUAAUAUCUACAUAUGUUGGGGAGGAAGAAAAUUGCCUUUUAAUUGUUUAUAGUAAAUAAGGUUUUGAUUUUCAGAAAACCAAAUGUGAUUAACUGUAGCCCAAGCCUAUUCUGCACUGUUUAGUUUUUAUGGGGGGAAAAGUCUACCAUAGCAAUGUGUGUUAAUACUGAUAAAAUUUUAAAUUGAUACAUCAUGGUAUAACUUAUUUUUUGCUAGCUUGGAAAAAGUCAGGUUUUUGUUUGGGGGGUUUAUUCUAUGAUUUAUAACCAGAUAUGUUAUUUUUUUCAUAAAGACAUUCUUACCACACAGAAAAUUGUAUGUUUCAGUAACAUCAUGGAGUUUUUACAGGCCUUAAAAAUCAGACUGUCAUACCAGAUAGAAUAAAUACAGCAUAAUUUAAGAUACUACAAUGUCUUAUAGUGUAGGGGCAAAUGGAAUUAAGAAAAAUUUUAGUGAGUUACCUGCACACAUUACAUUUUCAGUGCUUUUACAAAGAAAAAAGGUGAUCUGUUUCAUUUAAACGUUAAAUUGGCUGGUUCUUGCCCUUAUGUGGCUUUAUGUUUUUGAGUCAUUCCCAGCUUAAAUCGACACUUGUAAUAUUAGUAUCGUAAAAGUGCCAUACGUUUAACCCCAAUAGGUGUGAUGCACUGAGAAGUUAGUUUCUUUGGAUUUUUUUUUCUUUUCUAUUCUUUUAUUUCUCUUUCGUCCUGCACAUGUAAUUUGUAUAAUCUCUGGUUAGAAUCCCUAAAAUGAUUUAAAAAUUUAGAACUCUGUGUGUGUUUUUUAUUUGGUAAUCUUCAUUGAUUGUACUGCAUUUAAUGAAUAUUAAAUAGUUCAUAUUCUGUACACUAUAUGGUUUAGAAUGUGUUUGUAUUUUACAACUUGUAUAGAUUGAGCUGACUGAAAUAAGAUUUUGUUUUAAGUAUUCUAAGAUAGAACCCAAGAUAUCACAAAAUUGUAUAGGUGUUUAAAGCUUUUCUGCUGUUAAAAAAAAAAAAUGCAGCUGCUUUUUGUCAUGCCUCCUCCCCUCACCCAAAGGUGUAAGUGCUGAACAAGACUCACAUUGUAGAGACUUUGAUAUAUGGUACCAUAGAAUACUGAUUAGAUAGCAAUUCUAGUCACCACUACUGACUAAAAGUUAACUCAAUUUUAAGCUGUCUUAAAAUGCAUAUGUACACUACUGCAUGUAAGAGCAAAAGGAAUUAAAGUUGUCAUGCUGGCUAAUUUCAAAUGCUGCAGUAUAGCAAGGGAUAAACAUAUUUCCAACUUCAGCUCUUUAAUUCUAAAAUUUUUGAAGACCAAAUAGUUAAUCCUUAAUAUCAAGUUAAAAUUUUGCAGCUUUAUCCAAAUGGAUUCUUAUAUUGGAGUUGCCCUGCAGCUUUAUGUGCCCCUCUGUAUUUAGAUUUGAAAAUUUGCAGCACUAACGUUAAUGUGGUUCAUAAGCACGGUAUAUGCUAACUGUCCUUACGGGUUACCUGUCCGCUGUGUUAUGUUCAGGUCCUUAGACCAUAAUUAAGCAGAGUCAGGUACCAUCAGUGUGCUGAGUUUGGCACAGAUAAUGCAGUUACUCAUCUGUGCCUAUCAGAACUUCAUAGUAUUAGACUUUCUAAAAAUAACUUGAUGAAACUAUUGAAAUAUAUUAAAAUGUUUGAAAUCACCACUGUUACCUGUUGUAUACAAUAGUACAGGCUUAGUCUAGUCUGUAUGUAACUGGUUAACGUUUGAUGGCUGUCUAUACUCAACUGGGUAUGUAUAUAUAAAUGAAAAAAUACAUAUCUAUACAGACAUAAAUGUUAAGUAAACUUUUUUCUUCCUCCUAAUAUAUAAGUUGUAGCUCAUCUUUUUUCUUUAAUUCUCUCAUAACUUGAUGCGACAGUUUGAAUUUCCCAGAUACUUAUAUUUGGACAUAUGGCUCAGAAUACAUAUUUAAACAUCAUUAGCUGUAUAUAUUUUUUAAAUAAAUAAUGGAAAGGGACUUGAUAUACAAGUUUAUACUAAAAUUUCAACUGUGAAGAUAUUACUUUGCUAAUAAUCUAAACCUUUUUUCUAAAACGAAACAAAUGGUGUGUGGUUCGAAACUUUCUGGCUUGAUGCUAAUCAACUUUGAAAAUACAAUGGACUGAAAAGUAAUUUUAUUCUUUGAAAGAUUUCAUUUAAAUCUCUGUACUAUCCAUAUUUACUUCAGUUUGUAAGUGUGUAACGUUGAUAAAUAGGACAAAGUAGACCCUAUGAUUAUUGUUUUCAAAAAUUAAACAAAUUAAUAUAUAAAUCAGGGGUUUUUCAUUUAUUUUUGAAAAACAAAUUAAACAUGAUGGUUCUGUAGGAUUGUAUCAGUCAUUUCUUGUAGAAUAAAAAAAUCAACAAACUGACUUGUUUCUGUCAGGAAUUAAAUUUUUUUAAAGCUCCUUAUGAACUUGCAGCUUGGAGUAUAUUUUUGUAGCAAGAGAGUGAUUAUUUAUGUGGUAUUUCAUUGAAACAUCUUAGGGACUGGCCAAAAAGAAAAAUUAAAGAGAAAUACAGGUGUUCCCCACCUUUCAAAAGUUCAUCAUAUGCCACUUCGCUUUUACAAAAGAUCUACAUUGUACAUACCGGUUUUCAUUACCUGGGAGAAACCCAGAGGAUUUUCCUUUUACAAGAAAUAGUGAAAAUAGCAUUCAGCAUUUGUUUUGCAGAGAGCCAUUAUGGAGGCAGCCUGCGCCCUGAGCAGCGUGAGUUGGCUCUGCUUUUAUUCUGUGUUAGUAUUAUUGUAGGUUUUAUGUGUUACUUGGUAGGUUAUUUUAUGGGCCUGGGAACACUUAAAAUUUUUUCCAUGUAAAUGGUAAUUGCUUCUUUGCUUUACCUCAUUUCUGCUUAGGAAAGUUUUCAUAGGAACACUCUACUUUUCAGAUAGCUGGGGAAACUUGUACCACCACUAAACUGCCUCAUUUUUAACACUUUUUUGCAUUUCUUACUGAAAGUUUGGGUGAAAAGCAGUUUAGACUUCAGUUCUCUGAAAAGCUGUUAGUUUUUAAGUAAAUUAACAUUAGGUUGUAUAUUGCCAAGUUGCCUCAGUUUUUUUCUUCCCCUUUAUUAAUGUAGUCAUAGGGGAUGUUCUCGUUUCUGGGCACAAUUCUCCAAAAACAAAUAACAGCUAUUUUAGGUUAACAUUGAAUGCCUACCCUCUGCCAGGUGCAGUGCUAAAUAUUUUACUUGUAUUGAUACAUAACAUCUUUGCAAUAAUCCUGUGAACUGAGAAAUUCCCGUUUUGCAGGUGAGAAAAUAUGGAGGCAGAGAGACGUUAGGAAACCUAGCUAUAUAACAGUAAUUAGCAGAAUCUGAAUACAAACCAUUGCUUCUGGUUCCAGAGCCCUCUUUGUCAAACACCAGGCAGCAUCGCCCUACAAACACCAGUUAAAGGAUAGAUAUCUGAAGGCUUAACUGUCUUGAUUUCAGUGUAGCUCAAUAGUGGUUCAGAGCUUUAGUCUCAAAUUCGAAUCAUGGUUGUAUAAUAGUCUGCUAGAAGUUUCAAAAAUAAAUGUGGUAGCCUGACUUCCAGGAACAUGACUUAGUUGGGGGAGGCCAGAGAGCUAUAUAAGCAAGUAAUGUUACAUAAGUAACAAAGCAGAAUGGCCUUGAAGGGGCCACCUUAGCUGCUAAGGCAUUUAUAGGGUGCUACAGGAGGAAGAAAAUUCAGGGUCCAGUAGAAGUGGAGCUUGCUUGAGUGUGCUUGGUCGGGUACAUGAAUGUCUCACACAAGAUGGACAGUAAUUUGAACAUUUCACCUAAAAUGUCAUCCUGUGCUUGGGUAUCAUAUUGUUAUGUUACAGAAUUACAUGCUUAUGAUUUUGUAAUAAAAGAUUUUAUAAUAAAAAAGGGGCAUUAUUUGUGCUGGACCCUGUGUAUAGGUUGGAAGACAUAUCCCUCAAAGUUUAACUUUGUCUACCAUGGGGGAGGUCCAUGGUUGUCUAGCGAGGCUAGCAAUUGAAUGGAGUAAACUCUUAAUUUAGUGAUACGGACUGUUAGCCAGUUCUCAUUGCUACAGGUUGGAAAAACAUGUUCUUUAACUUUGUUAAUAAUAAAGGCAGAAUUCUCUUAAUUUGUCCAUCUCAGUUUCCAAAUUCUGGAAGAAAAUAAAGGAUGUUAUCCCUAAACCACCAAA